AUGGCACCUGCCACCCCCUUCAAUCCACCCUCAGCAGACCUCGCUGGCAAGCCCGUUGUCCCGCAAUGGGUUCCUCCCCCGGUCACACAAGAGAAGCACAACUUUGCUCAACUGAAGUCUAUUGACCUUUCCUUGCUGGACUCGGAAGACCCUGCAGUUGUCAAUCACCUUAUUCAACAAGUCAAGACUGCUAUCAGGGAUGAUGGUUUCCUGUUCUUGGAAAAUUAUGGCGUUUCGCUAGAGCAGCUCCACCGCCAGUUCUCCCUUGCUCAAUAUUUAUACAACAACAUCAGUGAUGAGGACAAACAGCGCCUCCUAUUUGAGCCUGACAGUGGUAAAUGGUCGGGAUACAAGCAUCCAUAUGGCUUCAAGCGCCAACGUGGACCUGCCGAUGGCAUCGAACAGUUCAACUGGUAUACAGCCGACUGGCAAGACACCAAAAACCGCGUUCCUACCUGUCUACACCCCUUCAUGGACGAGAUCGAAGCAUUUGCCAACUACCUCACCAAAUCCGUGAACCGGCGACUACUCACUCUAUUUUCUCGCGUUCUCGAGCUACCAGACGAUUACCUUUGGGACAACGUUCAGUCACACGGCAGCCCCACUGGCGAAGGCUAUUUCCGUCACGCUCUGUUCCGGCCGGUGAAGAAGGAGACCCAAGAGGCAUCCAAGGGUCUCCGAAUGCACGGCCACACAGACUUUGGGCUGACUACACUUCUAUUCUCUGUUCCCAUUUCUUGCUUGCAAAUUUGGGGCCGUGAUGAGCAGUGGUAUUACGUACCAUACAAGCCUGGCGCACUGGUGAUCAACAUUGGCGAUACUUUAGAGAUUGUCUCGGGUGGUCACUUCAAGGCUACUCGUCAUCGAGUCUUCAAGCCGCCAGUCGACCAGUUGAACGAGGAGCGUCUGUCCCUCGUACUUUUCAACAGCUCUGUUGGUGAUUUGCGAAUGGCACCGGCCAUCGAAUCACCACUCAUCCAACGGGAGGGUUGCGUCGAAGAACAGGGUGUCUACAAGGAGUUUAAGCGGCUCACCGACGAAGGACGCCUUGUCCCAACCAAUAAACAAUGGCGAGAGAUUCAGAUUGCUACAUGCACAGAUCCUACAGAUACUGUGAAUAACCGUGUUGGUGCACACCAAACCAUCGUCGAUGGCAAGAUCAUGCACCAGCGAGAGUAUAUGGGCGUCAAGGUUGUUCUUCCUGUCUAG